UACCAUCAAAGUCUAGUCUCAUCAAAUCAAUUUUGAACCAAUAAGACAAGCGACUCAGUAAUUAUUUUAGUGUCAAAAUGUUUACGAUAGGACGGAAACUAUUGAGCUCGCAAUUUAAACACAAAUUCGAAGUUGCUUCCAAACUUUGCCGUCAACAAAUAACAAGAAAUUCGGGCGCCUAUCACGGUGAUGGAAAGACCAAAGUGAACAUUUUGAACCAAGAACUAGAUUUGGGAUUGAUGAUUAAUACAUACAGUCAGGAUGGAUUCCGGCUGAACAAUGGAUUGAAUGUCAUUGGUCCGAUGGCAAUAUUUCCCAGAACGGUUAUGUCAUGGAACAUUGCCACAGCAGACGACAUAAACGAAGAAUCGCUGAGUUUGUUCCAAGUUUUGGAUCCAAAAAUUGAAAUUUUAGUUAUUGGAAUUGGUGACACCGCUGCAACACCCGCCCUUUCAGCUAGAAUCAAUGCAAUCACACGCAAAUUGAACAUAAAUGUAGAAGUGCUGGGAACUGAUUCGGCUUGUGCGACAUUUAACUUCCUGAAUGCAGAACAACGUUUGGUGGCAGGUGCGAUGAUACCGCCAACGGUGUUGAGAUUUAACGAAAAUGAUGUUCUUCAAUCAAAACUUAGGCAGAACCAAUUGUACCAGAACGAAGAUUGAGCGAAAUAAAGUAUAAGAAGUUGUAGCGUAACAA